AGCGAGAAAUCUAGAUUCAUACAAACCAAUUCUCCCAUCUUCACCCUUCCUUCCUUUCUUACCACCAUCAACACCUUUUUUAUAGUCACUCAUAAUGUCUUACCUUGAAUCAUUAAAGCAAUACACUGCCGUCGUCUCUGACUCUGGAGACUUUGAGUCAAUCGAUGCUUACAAGCCACAAGAUGCUACCACCAACCCUUCCCUCAUCUUGGCUGCCGUCAAGCAAGAGAAAUACGCUCGUUUGAUCGACGUUGCCAUCAAGUACGCAAAGGAACAUGCCGGAAAUGACAAGCAAAAGCAACUCGAUUUGGCAUGUGACCGUCUUUUGGUCGAAUUCGGUGUGGAAAUUUUGAAGAUCAUUCCUGGUCGUGUUUCUACCGAAGUUGACGCUCAAUUGUCAUUUGACAAAGAAGCAACAAAAGCCAAAGCAAAACAAUUGAUCGCUUUGUACAAAGAACAAGGUAUCGCCAAAGAACGUGUUUUGAUCAAGAUUGCUUCCACUUGGGCAGGUAUCCAAGCCGCUCGUGAAUUGGAAGCUGAAGAUGACAUUCACUGCAACUUGACACUCUUGUUCGGUUUCGGACAAGCUGUCGCCUGUGCUGAAGCAAAGGUUACCUUGAUCUCUCCUUUCGUCGGUCGUAUUUUGGACUGGUACAAGAAGGCUGAGGGCAGAGACUCUUACCCUGGUCACGAAGACCCAGGUGUGAAAUCCGUUUCCAAGAUUUACAACUACUACAAGCAACACGGUUACAAGACCAUCGUUAUGGGAGCUUCUUUCCGUAACAUUGAUGAAAUUGUCGAAUUGGCCGGAUGCGAUUUCCUCACAAUCGCACCUGCUUUGCUUGAAGAAUUGAAGAGCAAGAAGGGUAACUUGGAACGCAAAUUGUCCCCUGAAUCUGCCAAGGCUGCUGCUCAACAAGAGAAGGUCUCUUUCGUUGACAACGAAGCCUCGUUCGCUUGGGAAUUGUUCAACGAACCAAUGGCUUUCGAGAAAUUGCACGAAGGCAUUCGUUCAUUCGACAAGGCCAACAAGGACUUGCGUGCUAUCGUUGAAAAGAAACUUUAAAAGAAAGAAAGGAUUGUAUAGAAUUUCCUAUAAACGGAUAUAAUUUACCCAGAAACCAAUAAAAUCCAAAAUCUUUUUAUCCUUCCGUUCACGCUCUUUCUCUCCGGAAGAGUGUGCGAGAUACGAUUUUUUCAAGUUCCCUCCUCUUUCUAUGAUGUCCGUAUUAUGACAAUGUAAAAAUUUUAUCUAUUUAUGCCUCCUAUCUAUCAUCCUGUGUGUGCAAAAGCAUUUUUUUUUCACUC